CUACAAUUGGCACGCAACCCUAGCUUUCUUUUGCGCUACACACGCCUCUUCUCGACACCUCUGAAACAGACUACAGAAUACUCUCUGCUGGAAGCCAAGAACUGAAAUAUUAUUUCUGCUUAUUGCUCCGCUCCAAAUCCUUAUCCUCCAAUCUUACUAGUUUUAUGUGAAUGCGUGAUCGAUAUAGACAUACUGUUUCGUCAUGUAUAUAACUGCGGCUACUUCAGCUUCUUCUUUACUUAGAGCUUCUAGGUCGAGAUUCAUUUCAUCUUUAUCCUCCUUCAAGACAUCAUCUUCGCCUCCCAAAGUUUCUCCUUCUUCUUUUAUCACUCACCGAUCUCCUAGUUUAUCCUCUGCCGGUCGAUCCCUCCGCUGCUCUGUCCCUCGCUGGAGCCACGGUGUGGAUUGGCGCUCACCUCUUAGUCUUCGCGCUCAGAUCAGAACCGUUUCUCCUAUCAUCGACCGCCUUGAACGCACCUUUACUACUAUGGCUACUGAACAUGCAUUCAAAGGGAUCUUGACCAGUCUUCCAAAACCUGGAGGUGGCGAGUUUGGAAAGUUCUAUAGCCUUCCUGCCCUUAACGACCCCAGGAUUGAUAAACUACCUUACUCCAUCAGAAUCCUUCUUGAAUCUGCAAUUCGUAAUUGUGACAAUUUUCAAGUUAAAAAGGAAGAUGUUGAGAAAAUUAUUGAUUGGGAAAAUACUGCUCCAAAGCAAGUUGAAAUUCCCUUCAAGCCCGCUCGAGUUCUCUUGCAGGAUUUUACUGGAGUACCAGCUGUUGUUGACCUUGCUUGUAUGCGUGAUGCCAUGAACAAGCUUGGCAGUGAUUCUAACAAGAUCAAUCCUUUGGUUCCUGUAGAUCUUGUCAUUGAUCACUCAGUUCAAGUUGAUGUAACAAGGUCAGAGAAUGCAGUUCAGGCAAAUAUGGAAUUUGAAUUUCAGAGGAACAAAGAGAGAUUUGCUUUCCUGAAGUGGGGGUCUAAUGCUUUCCAUAACAUGCUUGUUGUUCCUCCUGGUUCUGGUAUUGUGCAUCAGGUCAAUCUUGAAUAUCUGGGACGGGUUGUCUUCAACACUGAUGGCAUACUAUACCCUGACAGUGUGGUUGGGACUGAUUCUCAUACAACCAUGAUUGAUGGGUUAGGAGUUGCUGGCUGGGGUGUCGGAGGUAUUGAAGCAGAGGCAGCAAUGCUUGGCCAGCCUAUGAGCAUGGUGUUGCCUGGUGUUGUUGGGUUCAAGCUCUCUGGAAAGUUGCACAGUGGGGUCACAGCUACUGACCUGGUUCUAACUGUGACACAAAUGCUAAGGAAACAUGGUGUUGUUGGCAAAUUUGUUGAGUUCUAUGGGGAUGGUAUGGGCGAACUUUCACUAGCUGAUAGGGCCACUAUUGCUAAUAUGUCUCCUGAAUAUGGUGCAACCAUGGGGUUCUUCCCUGUAGAUCAUGUUACUUUACAAUAUCUCAAGUUGACUGGAAGGAGUGAUGAAACAGUGGAAAUGAUAGAAGGUUAUCUCCGAGCAAAUAAAAUGUUUGUUGACUAUAAUGAGCCCCAGCAAGAAAGAGUGUACUCUUCAUACCUGGAACUGAACCUUGCUGAUGUUGAACCUUGUAUUUCGGGACCAAAGAGACCUCAUGAUCGUGUCCCUUUGAAGGAAAUGAAGGCAGAUUGGCAUUCAUGUCUUGACAAUAAAGUUGGAUUCAAGGGCUUUGCUGUACCUAAAGAGGCACAGGAAAAAGUGGCCAAAUUUUCUUUCCACGGACAACCAGCAGAGCUUAAGCAUGGAAGUGUUGUAAUUGCUGCAAUUACAAGUUGCACCAAUACAUCAAACCCCAGUGUGAUGCUUGGUGCUGGUCUUGUUGCUAAAAAGGCUUGUGAACUUGGUCUACAAGUCAAACCUUGGGUAAAGACAAGUCUUGCCCCAGGCUCAGGAGUCGUUACUAAAUAUCUAAGUGCAAGUGGACUGCAAAAAUAUUUAAAUCAGCAGGGAUUCAAUAUUGUUGGAUAUGGCUGCACUACAUGUAUUGGAAAUUCUGGAGAAUUAGAUGAAUCUGUUGCCUCCGCUAUUUCAGAGAAUGACAUUGUGGCUGCAGCCGUGCUUUCUGGAAACAGGAAUUUUGAGGGUCGUGUUCAUGCCUUGACAAGAGCAAAUUACCUUGCAUCGCCUCCUCUUGUUGUUGCCUAUGCCCUUGCUGGCACGGUUGACAUAGAUUUCGAGAAGGAGCCAAUUGGAACUGACAAGGAUGGUAAGAGUGUUUAUUUCAAAGAUAUCUGGCCAACUACUGAAGAAAUUGCAGAGGUUGUUCAAUCCAGUGUGCUGCCUGAUAUGUUUAAAAGUACUUAUGAGUCUAUCACAAAGGGCAACCCCAUGUGGAAUCAGCUAUCAGUACCAGGUGGUACCUUGUACUCAUGGGAUCCCAACUCUACCUACAUCCAUGAGCCCCCAUACUUCAAGGACAUGACUAUGGAUCCUCCCGGAGCUCAUGGAGUCAAGGAUGCUUACUGCUUGCUGAACUUUGGUGAUAGUAUCACAACAGAUCACAUUUCUCCUGCAGGAAGCAUCCACAAAGACAGUCCAGCUGCAAAGUAUCUCCUUGAGCGUGCAGUAGAGCGCAAGGACUUCAACUCUUAUGGUAGUCGUCGUGGCAAUGAUGAAGUGAUGGCUAGGGGAACUUUUGCAAAUAUUCGCAUUGUUAACAAGCUUUUGAAUGGGGAAGUGGGCCCAAAGACUAUCCAUGUGCCAUCUGGGGAGAAACUGUAUGUAUUUGAUGCUGCAAUGAAAUACAAGACCGCUGGUCAAGACACAAUUAUUUUGGCUGGAGCUGAGUAUGGAAGUGGAAGUUCCCGAGAUUGGGCUGCCAAGGGUCCAAUGUUGUUGGGAGUUAAAGCUGUGAUUGCCAAAAGUUUUGAGAGAAUCCAUAGGAGCAAUUUGGUGGGAAUGGGUAUCAUUCCACUCUGCUUCAAGACCGGUGAGGAUGCAGACACGCUGGGUUUGACUGGUCAUGAGCGCUAUACAAUUGAUCUCCCAAGUAAGAUCAGUGAUAUAAGGCCUGGCCAAGAUGUGACUGUAACAACGGACACAGGAAAAUCUUUUACCUGCACUGUCCGUUUCGACACUGAGGUCGAAUUGGCUUACUUCAACCAUGGAGGUAUUCUUCCAUAUGUUAUUCGGAACCUGAUUCAGCAGUAAACCACUGCAUUGUUAAUUAACGCUCUUGCUUUCAUCCAAGGGAACUUUUCACUGUAGAACGUGAGAAGGGAAUAAACUUCCAAAUAAUAGAUAAAAGGGAGCUGAGGUAUUUUUUUGGGAACACUUCCUGGUCGAAUAUUUGGCCUGCGCACAAGAAAUUAUUUUUGUAAUAUAAUUUGUCUUCUGUUUGA